AUGGUACCCGAGAACGCAGACACUUCAAGCAGUUUUAGACGAGUGCGCAGCGACAACUCUGCUCCUAAAACCCCCGACACUUUGUCACCUAAUGAAUCGUCAUGUGUUUCCUCUUUGCAUGUUGCAGUUCCUGCUGCUAAAAUGGACACAAAGGAUUCAGCUGACAGAGAUGCUGCGCUUGCGAGGGUUGAAUUAGACAAAAGACUGGCUCUAAUUAAAGCAUGGGAAGAAAGUGAGAAGACAAAAGCAGAGAACAAGGCAUAUAAGAGGCAUUCUGCAGUUGGGUUGUGGGAGAAUAGUAAGAAAGCAUCAGCGGAGGCAAAUCUCAAAAGAAUUGAGGAAAAAUUGGAAAGAAACAAGGCCGAGUGUGUUGAAAAAAUGCAAAAUAAAGUUGCUGAAAUUCAUCGAUCCUCAGAAGAGAAAAGGGCAUUGAUUGAAGCCCAAAAAGGAGAAGAUUUUCUCAAGAUAGAGGAGAAAGCUGCAAAGUUUCGUACCCGUGGGUAUCCCCCAAGGAAAUGUCUUCCAUGCUUCGGUAGUUAA